AUGGGUAAGAGUAGCAAAGAUAAGCGGGAUAUCUACUAUCGCAUGGCAAAGGUGGAAGGGUUUAGGGCUAGGAGCGCAUAUAAACUGUCACAAAUAUUCGAAGAGACAGGAAUAAUGUGUAAAUAUGAUGAUAAUACUAUUAGACAUUUUCUAUUGGCUAAUUGUUGUGAAAUAUGCUCUGCCGCCCAUGAGAUUUCAUCAUUACAACAACCACAUAUGGCUCAUACCCCGGAGUUGUAUACUAAAAUAGUUGACCUAUGUUCUGCUCCUGGCAGUUGGUCACAACUAGUAUCAGAAAUUGUAUUGGAACAACAUAAACAACUGUUAGAUAUUGCUAAAUCUUUAACUAGGUGCAAUAACAGUUUCUGUGUUAAUCUACAGAAAUAUCUUGAUAAGCCCAUUGUUAUAUCAGUCGACUUGCAGGAAAUGGCACCGUUGCCUAAUGUACACUUUAUCAGAGGCGAUAUAACGGAUCAAUGUGUAUUGCAACAGGUGUUUAAUUAUUUUAACACACGCUCAAAUGUUGACAACAACAAUAAUUCAGUUUCCGUUUCCACAGAUGAGAAUAUGAAAGCAGAUAUUGUUUUGUGCGAUGGAGCUCCUGAUGUUAGUGGGUUGCAUGAAGUUGAUGGUUUUAUCCAAUCAGAGCUGAUCAGAUUUUCCCUUCAUAUGGCCACACAGGUAUUGAGACUUGGCGGAACUUACAUAUCUAAAAUGUUCAGAACAGAAAAAUAUCCAUUCAUAAUAUCUAGAAUUGGGUUUUUGUUUGAUAAAGUUCAAGUAAUGAAGCCUUCUGCCUCGAGAAAUUCUAGUGUCGAGGCCUUUAUUGUUGCUCAGGGUUUCAAGGGAAAUAUUGAGAAUCUAUCGCAAAUGUUAGCAACACCUCUAGUCAAUCCCUCACAAUUUGAAUUUAGAUCUCAACUAAAUGCAGCUUUAGUACCCUUUAUUUCAUGUGGGGAUUUGAGUUCAUUUGAUUCAGAUAGAAAUUACCCUCUUGAUGACUAUCAGCCAUUGGAUCCAGUCCAGCCGCCAAUUACCGCGCCAUAUAUCAAACCAUAG